AUGGAAUUCGUUGGGUGUGCAGCAAGCGUUAGCCAGCUUCUAGUUUAUUUAUCCUCAUCAGCUGUUAAUCUGCAGAGGCUUUACAGUGAGCUUGUUCACUGCAAUUCGAAUUACCGUGACGAAGCAACGAAUAUCAGGCUAUUGCUCCAUACUCUUCAACGCCUUGGCCGCCAACACCUCGACGACGACGACAAUAGCCCUGUCCUCCCCGUUCUGAUAUCUAUAUCUGGUACUGCAUGCCAGGUGCUGCAUCUCCUCAAACCAAAGCGACUCUUUGGUAUCAAUUGGGCGCCCGUCACAUCGCAAAAUAAGAUCAGCUCAGCUUUCGAGACGCUGAACAAGAAGAGAAACCUGCUCCAUUUGUAUAUCUCUCAAGAACAUCAAGAAGCCCUCGUGGAUCUUCGACAUACCGUUGAAUCAUUCUGUAAGUUCAAGAUGAAAGGUGGCAGGAUUGCUGGUCAUGCCUCAAUGUUCAGCGGUCCUAUGCGAGGCUCUGCAGAUGUCGAGUUCGACGACUACACUGUCGAUAAACAGGGAGCACAUUUUCUGGCGAAUGCAACUGGCGAUGCCGAAAGAAUGUAUUGGCAAUCUAACCGUCACAACACAAGUCGUAAGCGCCCGGAAAACACCCACACGCCGGUCAGGGCACUUAUUCCGCCAGCGAACCAGGAAAAUCAUGCCGGAGGAGCAGCACCUACCCAGCAGGGACGGGGCUCGGAGCGAGAUUCUGCCAGGCCAAAUAUGAACGAAAGUAGACAGAGAGAUUCCCACCAUUCCCAGACUGAAGACCGAUAUCGAGAUGGGAGUGGACAGCCCCCCGCAAAGGAUUGA